AUGAGGUUCAACUGCAUCAUCGGGCCCAAUGGAUCAGGAAAAUCUAACAUAAUGGAUGCUGUUAGCUUUGCGACGUGUGAAAAGAUAUCUAAUUUGCGAGUUAAAAGUGUUCGAGAACUUAUUCAUGGAGCACAUGUUGGAAAACCAGUUUCUUCUACAGCUAGUGUGAAGAUAGUCUAUUGUGAAGAUGACGGGGAAGAAAAAACAUUUUCAAGAAUUAUCCGUGGUAGUUGUUCUGAGUUUCUCUUCAAUGAUAAAUCUGUCAGCCGGUCUACUUACAUAUCUGAGCUUGAAAAAGUGGGCAUACUUGUCAAAGCUAGGAAUUUUCUUAUUUUUCAGGGAACAGUAGAAUCAAUUGCAAUUAAGAAGCCAAGGGAGAGAACUCAACUUUUUGAACAAAUCAGUAAUUCAUGGGAAUACGCUGAAGAGUAUGAACGAAAAAAGAAAAAAAUGCAACAAGCAGAAGAGGAUACACAGUUUAAUUAUAACAAGAAAAAAAGCGUUGCGGCAGAACGCAAACAGGCGAAGAUGGAGAAAGAGGAGGCAGAGCAUUACCAGAUGCUUAUCAAGGAACUUGAUGAAGAAAGGAUACAGCUGCAGCUCUUCCGGCUUUAUCACAAUGAAAAAAACAUUGACUUUGUGAAAAACAGUUUAGACGAAAAGAAUAUGGAGGCUAGUAUCAAGAAAGACUCUCUUUCUAGAGCAGAAGAUGCAUUUAGAGGCAAGAAAAAAGUGCUUGGUGUACUAAACAGAGACCAGCAGCACAUGGAAAGAGAAAUCAAGACACUAGAAGCAUCACUGAUUCAGCAGAGAGCCCUCUAUAUAAAAGCAAAGGAAAACACUUCCUACCAAAUCAAGAAAGUCGAAAUGUCUAAAAAAUCUCUAAAGGACAAGGAGAAAUCAUGUGAUAAGGAAAAGCAGAACAUAAAAGAAUUAGAGAUGGAACUGAAUGAUAUUGAGAAGGCGUGGAGAAUGUUUGAGAAGAAAACCGAAGAGAAACUGCAGAAAGCAGUACAUAUUGAGCUGAGAGAAAGUCAG